CGACCUACUUACACUGGACCACGAGUUGUGCAUGACCCGUCGAUGAUUCGCGCUAAAGGUCGUCCGAAGGCUAAACGAUUGAGAAAUGAAAUGGAUGAAGGUCCUAAAGGUACUGUGAGAUGCGGUAACUGCAAGCAAACAGGGCAUAACAGGACCACAUGUGCUAGAAGAUCAGAGGGAAACGUAGGGAGUUCUACUGGGUAAUGUUGUUCUUUUAUUCGCAAAUGCAUUAGCAAUAUUAAUAAAUAUAUAAUUUUAAUUUAAUAUUAAAAUGAAAUAACUAAUACACUUAUUACUUUUUACAGCGCCGAUGCAGGUGUCAGUGGAUCCCGGACCGAUUGAUCCUUCAGUCCUGACAUUGCAGGCCACGCACCGGAGCGAGGAUGUGUGGUGUGGCCUGGAUGUUCAGGUAGAUAGGUGUCGUGAGCACCUACGCAGUACAUUCCACAUGGGGGUGGACGAUAGGAUUCUUCAUUACGUUCGAUUAGCCGGGUUUUAUGGUGUUCAUAGAUUAGUUUCGACUUUGCAUAUAGAUAGAGCAUUACUUACCGCUCUACUUGAGCGUUGGCGACAGGAGACUCACACAUUCCAUUUACCGGUGGGUGAGGUCACGAUCACAUUAGGAGAUGUGGCUGUAUUGGCAGGUCUACCGAUCCAGGGUCGGGCAGUUACUGGGACUGCAUGUAGACUGUGGGUUGAUGUGGUACAUAGAUUGUUGGGAGUACGGCCACACCCGGGGACAGAUAUUCGGGGGUCUGCUUUGAGGAUGGCUUGGUUGAGAGAGCAUUUUGUUGGUUUACCUGCUGAUGCUGAUGAUGAUGUUGUGCAGCAGUACGCGAGAGCAUACAUUCUGAUGCUUAUGGGAGCUUCCACGUUUGCAGACAAGAGUGGGAAUGAGGUGCAGGUCUUGUAUUUACCCAUUCUGCAGUCUUUUGAUGUAGCUGCAUUUUAUAGCUGGGGUAGUGCCACUUUAGCAUACCUAUAUCGGCAGUUAUGUCGAGGUUGUCAUCGUGACGGUGGAGAGAUGGGUGGGUUUUUAUUGCUCAUACAGCUAUGGUCAUGGGAGCACAUUCAUAUCGGCAGACCUGUCAUACUGCGAUAUCAUGGGGUAGAUGGUGGUCCUCUUGAUGAUGAUAUGGAUCAGCACGCAGUACUUGGGCCACAUCAUGUUCGUGGUGAGGAUCCUUUGGGUCGUAGGUAUGUUUACGAUUUUUUUUUGUAUGACGUACGUGAAUCCUGUUAUAUAUUCUUAUACAUUACAAUGUGUCAGAUGGCUAUUUGCUCAUGUCACGCGCACGUCAUCCGCUGCUGGGUUAGGAUACUACCGAGAUGCUUUAGAUCGCUUGUGUGAUGAUCAGGUAUAUCAUUAAAUGUAAGUCAUUUGUUUUAUGUUUUUAUAAACCAUGGUAUAACUUAAUUUUAUAUUAUAGAUUACGUGGAUGCCGUACACUGAUGAGAUUCUAGGCCUGUUGCCUCCUGUUGCCCGAGAGCACACUCAGAUAUGGCGAGCACGUGUGCCUUUGAUAUGUUUUGAUGUUGUGGAGCAUUACUUUCCUGAUCGCGUACUACGCCAGUUUGGGUUGCAGCAGGUUACUCCCGGACCUUGUGAUACAUCUGUGGAUUUGCACAAGAUUGAUAGACGGGGGAAGCACACUGAAGAUUGGGGGAUGCGCCAUAUUCAGUAUAUCACUAUGUGGGAUGAUAGAGCGGCGUAUAUAGUGGACGGGAUCCCAUCUUUAGUCCCCACAGCUUCUGUAGACUACAUGACAUGGUAUUACACCAUCACACGAGUGUUUAUCUCUCCCAGUUUUCGUUUACCCACUGAUCAUUACCAGCCUAGCUCAGUCGCUCUUCAUAUGACGACACGGGCUUUGCGUAGCAUCCAUGACAGAGCGACUGCUAUACUUGAUGAGGCGGUAGAUGUACAGGGAUACCAUGACGCUUGUUCAGGCAUUGUUUCACUUUGUGCUGAUGUAUUGGGUCGAGUCGAUUAUGGAUAUAUGGCCGCGUCUCAGCAUUCCACUGCAUCUACAUCCGCAGCAGGGUCUUCUCAGGCAGUCCGACGUGAUAGAGUUGUUCUUCAGCCUCGUAACCAGCGCAGACGUCCCCGAGCACAACUACAUGAGCUUCAUGAUGAUGAUGAUCACGUUGAGUUAUGAUAUUUGUAUUUCACUUAUUGUGUGAAAGUUGUAGUAUGCACUAGCAGAUCGAAUCAUUUUGGGAUACACCAGAUUUAUUAUAACUUUUAUGGAUCAUACUCAAUUUUGUGGUGUACUGAUUCCGUUUGUGAAAGUCUCAUAAUAUGAAGUUUCAUUCAUUCGUUUUGUGUUUUGGAUGUAUGUUGUAAUGUAGUUUCAUUGAUUCGUUUUGUGUUUCGGGUAUAUGUUUUCUUAGUAAAUCAUAUGUUUGGUUGUUUUUUUUUU